UAAUAUUAUUUUUUAUAAAGAUCGCGGUUUGUGACAGUUGCUCACCGGAACGUUGUGAGAAUUGCACUACACAGUCGAUAUGUGUUAAGUGCAAAGUAGGGUUUUGGAACGUUCCAUCUAAUUGUUCUCAAACUUGUGUUUCCCAAACGUGUACAUGUACUAAUUAUUCAGAAUGUCUCUCGUGCAAGAACGGAUACUAUGGAAAGGACACUAACUGUGAUAAAAAAUGCUCUUCUGGGUGCAUUGGCGAGACAUGUGACACUAACGGAACGUGUUUGUGUAAACCUGACUUUACUGGAAAUAUUUGUGACUCUUGUGUAGAUGGCAAAUAUGGAGUAGACUGCUCUUUAAGAUGUAGCCAAGGAUGUGAGGAAAACAUAUGUAGUUUAUUAGACGGAUCAUGCAAUUGUAGUAGUUAUCAUACUGGUAAAAAAUGUGAAAACUGUAUUGCAGAUCGGUAUGGAGAUGACUGUUCAAUAACAUGUAGUCCGGGGUGCUUAGAAAAUACUUGCUCUUCUGCUAACGGAAUUUGUGAAUGCAAAGACUUUUACACAGGAGAUAAAUGUGAUGUUUGUGAAAAUUGGCGUUACGGUGACGGCUGUGUAAAUAUAUCUGAAAAUAAUGAACCGACAACGACAGAUAAACCAAAUGUUGUUGCGGCUGUUGUUGGGGCAGUUGGUGCUGUUAUUUUAGUGGUAGCGGUUGUCAUUGUUGUCAUCGAUCUCAAACGAAGAAAUGAGUUAUGCUGGAAAAAGCCGCGAGAUGAAGAGCAACACAGCGAAGAAAUACCUCAGCCAGUUGUGUACGCUACAGUGCAGAAAAAUAGACAUACACCGGUAACGCCUCAGCAAAGGGAGUCCAGCUAUGGCAAUCGGGAACAACAAUCUCACACUUUAUUUGCGAAAUACAAUGCGGAAACGGGUAACACAUUAUAUGAAGACAUUGCAUCAGGUACUGGGGAUUUAAAUACUGUUCAAGAAAACUCCAAACCAGAAACAAGACGCAGUGUAAUAGUAGAAACACAACAUGUUGAACUGGUAAUGGAAGCGGAAACUUUGGAAGAUGAUGGCCUUGAAAUUGAUGAUGAUGAUCAAAUAGCGCGAGAAAAAGCAACCAAGUUUGAAGAGAAAGGCGGUAUAUAUUACAACAACGCUGAAAAAAUCAAUAACCGAAAAGUUGCUGUUGACAACUUAUCGAACCACAUGAUGGAGAAAACUGACAUUGAAACUGAAGAAGAAUUCGAGAAAUUUCCUUACGGGUUGACAAGAUCUUACGCCGACUCACAGAAGCAAGAAAAUAUUAAACGGAACAGAUAUAAAGGAAUAUAUCCAUACGACGACACAAGGGUCAAGCUCCGCGACUGUGAGACGGAUUACAUAAAUGCCAGUUUCAUAGAUGGUUAUAAAAAACGACAUGCGUACAUUGCAGCACUAGGUCCCAUUUCAAAGCAACUCGGGGAUUUCAGUCCAUUUUGGCAGAUGAUCUGGCAAGAGAAAGUGGAGAAAAUUGUCAUGUUGACCAAUCUUGUUGAGGAUGAAAAAGACAAGUGCGAGCAAUAUUGGCCAGACCUUGGAACAAGUAAAAUCUACGGCAAAGUCCAUGUUUCAUCCCAGAGCGAGGAUGAAUAUGCCGAGUUUACGAGGAGAGAAUACACAAUUACAAAGGAAAGUGAAACCAGACAGCUUCACCAUCUUCAAUUUACCUGCUGGCCGGACAAAGGUGUGCCGGAUGAUGUCACAGGAAUCAUUGAUUUCAGACAGAGAGUGCUGAGCCUACCUGUCCAAUUUGAUGGUCCUGUUCUUGUUCACUGCAGUGCUGGUGUUGGAAGAACAGGAACGUACAUUGCUCUAGAUAUUUUGACAAAAGAGGGAGAGAGUGAGGGGUCAAUACACAUCCCUGGCUGUGUGAUUAACAUGAGACACGAUAGGGCCAACAUGAUACAGACCGUGAACCAGUACGAGUUCUUAUAUAGCGCACUCGUCAGCUCGCUGAGUGAUAUCAGCAGACCAAUUAGAGGAACACAUUUUCGCAAGUACAUCAAUCAGAUGGGGAAGGAAGGAUUCAAUCGACAGUUUCAGGAGAUCGCAACAGACCUAGCAGGUUCCUUAAUAGCCCACCUGGAGCUCCUGAAUAGCUUGAAAGCAAGGACUCGCUUUUUGGUUGUUCAAAGUCCAAUGAAAGAAAAUGUGAUCGACUUUCUGACACUGCUGUCCAAGGAAAAGUGUACUUGUGUCGUAAGCUUUGAACCUUACACUGACAAACAAAAGCAAAGUUCUGAAAGGGAAGUCACUCACUUUGAAUUCAAUGCAUGGAAUUAUACCAGUGACGUCCCGAAGUCGAGUAAGGAUUUUCUUGAUCUCAUCAAAAGCGUUGAUGCCAACUUAAGAGAAACGUCUAACCGAGGCCCGCUUCUUGUUCACUGUUUGGACGGGACUGGAAAAAGCGCCUUGUUCUGUGUUGUUUCAAUUUUGGUUGAAAAGAUGAAAAUAGAUCACGAAGUCAGCGUUGUUAAUACCAUAAGGAAAGUCAGGUCCAGGCGUACAUCCGCAAUCCCAAACAUGGCACAGUUUAAAUUCUGCCACGAAUGCGUGUUGUCCUACAUAAAAUCAUUUGAUUACUGUCAAUAUUCAAAUUUCACUGGUAGUGUUACUAGUGCAUCUACUGCUUAGACGGAUUGUUGGCCAUGCUAGAUCAACAACAGCUAAACAGAUAAUGUAAUCUUAUAAAUACCAAAAUAGGAUAUUUUCAUCUUUCAGUGUUCGUAGGAACAAGAUUCAUUUAUACAAAAACGUAGUGUGCCUUAACGUAUCGAAUUGUCAUCGUUUGGCAUCACAUGUUUUAUAAUGUAUUCGAGAUUUAUGCAACAGUGUAUUAAAUGCAAGCUGUAAUUUAACUGGUGUUUCAACUACACCCUGUAUUUCGAUAGGAAUUGAUUCUGCCAAACCUGGCGCCAGUGUGAGCUGACACUUGCUUGUUUAAGUACAAUUUUGCCUAUGAAGGACGUUAACAGUGAAUAUAUAUCCCUUGAAGAAAAACAUGGGCUUUCAUUUGAUUGACUUGUAUGUUUUGUGUUGGAUUCUCUAAUAUUUCAUUCGAUUAUAGUUUUGUAUUUGUUGACAAAUUAUUGUAUAAUAGUAUGGAUUUGUUAAACAUGAAGUAUUCUGACGUAGGUACAAGCGUUGAUGUCUAGUGUGGAGAAUUAAUUAUUUUUAUUAAUUGACAAAAAAAAAAAAAAAAUUGUAUCAUACUCGCAUUUCCUUUGUUGGGAAUGAUUUAAGAUUGUAUUGCAUUUUUUUUCUUGCAUGUACGCUUUUUGAACGCAUAAAGGCACGCGAGCAAAUCCAGUGAAGCGCGCUAGCUAAUCGUAGCACGAGCUAAAUGAAGUUUAAUAGUUUACUAUUGUAUGUAAUAAACAUAUGUUAUAUAAAUCAUUUCGACAAACAGUAUUAUUAUUCAAUAUUAUUAAAUGUGGUUGGGCACAAAUUAUA